GGAGUGGAGGGCUGCCGGGGUGACAGGGUGUGGUCUCUGGCGAGCGGGCGAAGCGGGAGAGGAAGGCAGAGACCCGUCAGGAUUGAGGGGGCAGUGGGGGCCAAGUCUGCGUCGCUCGGUGCGGUGACAGCCAGGAGCGCGGCGCCGGGCCGUGUGGCAAGGGGAGUUUCCCGUCCUCUCCUAAGUGGAGACACUGCUCCGAGCUACGCCAGCGCCUUCCGCCUGGGCCCCGGUACCAGACACCUGCCGAGUCCGAAGCGCGGGUCCGGCUCAGCCUCCGGCCCCCAAGAUCUCCAACCUGAACAUAUGCCAGUCGACAUGGGAACACUGAGGCCAGCAAUUUAAGGAUUUUCACAUUUCUUGCAGUGAGUCCUGGAUUUUUGGUCAUAGAUUGGCAGCCUGGAACCCAGCAGAAGCCCAGACUCCUAACAGUUUUUGACAAGACAAACCCAUCUUCUCCAAGGUAGCUAAGUGGGAUUUCUGAGGAGGGGGCUGCCCUGACUUCCUUGUGGCCCACCAUGAGGUUCUUCCUGCUUUGUGUCUACAUGCUGCUCCUGAUGAUUCCUCAGUUGAGGGCCGUCAGCUUUCCUGAAGACGAUGAGCCCCUCAAUACUGUCGACUAUCACUAUUCAAGGCAAUAUCCGGUUUUUAGAGGACGCCCUUCAGGCAAUGAAUCGCAGCACAGGCUGGACUUUCAGCUGAUGUUGAAAAUUCGAGACACACUUUAUAUUGCUGGCAGGGAUCAAGUUUAUACAGUAAACUUAAACGAAAUCCCCAAAACAGAAGUAAUACCAAGCAAGAAACUGACAUGGAGGUCAAGACAACAGGAUAGAGAAAACUGUGCUAUGAAAGGCAAACAUAAAGAUGAAUGCCACAACUUUAUCAAAGUAUUUGUUCCAAGAAAUGAUGAGAUGGUUUUUGUUUGUGGUACCAACGCAUUCAAUCCUAUGUGUAGAUACUAUAGGUUGAAUACCUUAGAGUACGAUGGAGAAGAAAUUAGUGGCCUGGCACGAUGCCCAUUUGAUGCCAGACAAACCAAUGUUGCCCUCUUUGCUGAUGGGAAGCUGUAUUCUGCCACAGUGGCUGACUUCUUGGCCAGUGAUGCUGUAAUUUAUCGAAGCAUGGGCGAUGGAUCUGCCCUUCGCACAAUAAAAUAUGAUUCCAAAUGGAUAAAAGAGCCACACUUUCUUCAUGCCAUAGAAUACGGAAACUAUGUCUAUUUCUUCUUUCGAGAAAUUGCUGUAGAACAUAAUAAUUUAGGCAAGGCUGUCUAUUCCCGUGUGGCCCGCAUAUGUAAAAACGACAUGGGUGGCUCCCAGCGGGUACUGGAGAAACACUGGACAUCAUUUCUGAAGGCACGGCUUAACUGUUCUGUCCCUGGAGAUUCGUUUUUCUACUUUGAUGUUCUGCAGUCUAUUACAGACAUAAUACAAAUCAAUGGCAUCCCUACUGUGGUAGGGGUGUUUACCACUCAGCUCAACAGCAUUCCUGGUUCUGCAGUCUGUGCAUUUAGCAUGGAUGACAUUGAAAAAGUAUUCAAAGGACGGUUCAAAGAACAGAAAACACCAGAUUCUGUUUGGACAGCAGUCCCUGAAGAUAAAGUUCCAAAACCAAGGCCUGGCUGUUGUGCAAAACAUGGCCUUGCCGAAGCUUACAAAACCUCCAUCGAUUUCCCGGAUGAAACCUUGUCCUUCAUCAAAUCCCAUCCCCUGAUGGACUCUGCUGUUCCACCUAUUGCUGAUGAGCCCUGGUUCACAAAGACACGAGUCAGGUACAGAUUGACGGCCAUCGCCGUGGACCGUUCUGCAGGGCCCCACCAGAACUACACAGUCAUCUUUGUUGGCUCUGAAGCCGGUGUGGUACUUAAAGUUUUGGCAAAGACCAAUCCUUUCUCUUUGAAUGACAGCGUAUUACUGGAAGAGAUUGAAGCUUACAACCAUGCAAAGUGCAAUGCUGAGAACGAAGAAGACAAAAAGGUCAUCUCAUUACAGCUGGAUAAAGACCACCAUGCGUUGUAUGUGGCAUUCUCCAGCUGCGUUAUCCGCAUCCCCCUGAGCCGCUGCGAGCGGUAUGGAUCAUGUAAAAAAUCUUGCAUUGCAUCUCGUGACCCAUACUGUGGCUGGUUAAGCCAGGGAGCCUGUGGGAGAGUGACCCCAGGGAUGCUGGCUGACCAAUCAGAAAAGCCUUCUGAUAUUACCCAUGUUAAUGAACAUCUGUUUGCCACCACAGACAUGGAGGUAUCUUCAUCUUCUAUUAUCACAGUGGCAAGUAUCCCAGAAAUUACACCCAAAGUGAUUGAUACCUGGAGACCUAAACUGACGAGCUCCCGGAAAUUUGUAGUUCAAGAUGACCCAAACACUUCUGAUUUUACUGAUCCUUUAUCGGGUAUCCCAAAGGGUGUGAGAUGGGAAGUCCAAUCUGGAGAGUCCAACCAGAUGGUCCAUAUGAACGUCCUCAUCACCUGUGUCUUUGCUGCUUUUGUUUUGGGGGCGUUCAUUGCAGGGGUAGCAGUAUACUGCUAUCGUGAUAUGUUUGUCCGGAAAAACAGAAAGAUCCAUAAAGAUGCAGAAUCCGCCCAGUCAUGCACAGAUUCCAGUGGAAGUUUUGCAAAACUGAAUGGUCUCUUUGACAGCCCCGUCAAGGAAUACCAACAGAAUAUUGAUUCUCCUAAACUCUAUAGUAACCUGCUGACCAGUCGAAAAGAGCUGCCACCCAGUGGAGAUACAAAAUCCAUGGUGAUGGACCAUCGAGGCCAACCUCCAGAGCUGGCCGCUCUCCCCACACCAGAGUCUACUCCUGUGCUUCACCAGAAGACCCUGCAGGCCAUGAAGGGCCAUUCAGACAAGGCCCACGGCCAUGCAGCUUCAAGGAAAGAAACCCCCCAGUUUUUUCCUUCUAGUCCUCCCCCCCACUCCCCACUAAGUCAUGGGCAUAUCCCCAGUGCCAUUGUUCUUCCCAAUGCUACCCAUGACUACAAUACAUCUUUCUCAAACUCCAAUGCUCAUAAAGCUGAAAAGAAGCUUCAAAGUAUUGAUCACCCUCUUACAAAGUCAUCAGGUAAGAGAGAUCACCGGCGUUCUGUGGAUUCCAGAAAUACCCUCAAUGAUCUCCUGAAACAUCUGAAUGACCCAAACAGUAACCCCAAAGCCAUCAUGGGAGACAUCCAAAUGGCCCACCAGACACUAAUGCUGGAUCCCGUGGGACCUAUGUCUGAGGUCCCACCCAAGGUCCCCAACCGGGAGGCAUCACUCUAUUCACCUCCUUCAACACUCCCCAGGAAUAGUCCAACCAAGAGAGUGGACGUCCCCACCACUCCUGGGGUCCCAAUGACUUCUCUGGAAAGACAAAGGGGUUAUCACAAAAAUUCUUCCCAGAGGCACUCUAUAUCUGCUAUGCCUAAAAACUUAAACUCACCAAAUGGUGUUUUGUUAUCUAGACAGCCUACCAUGAACCGUGGAGGAUACAUGCCCACCCCCACGGGGGCGAAGGUGGACUACAUUCAGGGGACACCCGUGAGUGUUCAUCUGCAGCCUUCCCUUUCCAGACAGAGCAGCUACACCAGUAAUGGUACCCUUCCCAGGACGGGACUAAAGAGGACACCGUCCUUAAAACCUGAUGUGCCACCAAAGCCUUCCUUUGUUCCUCAAACCACAUCUGUCAGACCACUGAAUAAAUACACUUACUAGGCAUCGAGUGUGCUAUUCCUGUGUGGCUUUAUCCUGUCCGUGUUGUUGAGAGGAUGAUGUUGUAAGGGUACCUUUAGGACAAGAGACUUGCUUAUAUUUUAAAAGAACCAAGUGGCCAAAGAGACUGUCACUUUGGCAACAUCAGAACUUGCCACAUGUAGCGGCGGCAGCGAGGCUUCUGUGUAUUGGCCUGAAAAACAAAGGAAGGUGCUGGUCAUUCCAUUUCUUUUAUUGGAAGCUAAAGCGAUGUGUAGCUCCCAAGGGCUACCUUACCAGUAUCAAGAGCUGAUACAGUACUCAGAAGAAUCUGUGAACAAAUACUUGAAAAUGGGUUCAAUUUAGACUGCCCUUGUGUGUGGUCUUCCCAUUAAAUGUGAACAUUUUAAUAUGUAUGCAUUCACCUUGCCUCUUGCACAAAUGUCAAAAAAAAAAAAGAUGGUAAUGUCUCAAAGAAACAAACUCGUAGGUUACCAAGCAGUUUGCUAAAAAUUCAGUCUUUGACCCAAACUGUAGCAUUUUUUUCAUAUGUGGCAUUUUUUUUUCAUGCCACCAACAAACUGUGUUGCAAGUAUGUGUGUGCAUGUGUGUAUGUGUGUGUGUGAGAGAGAGAGAGAGAGAGAAAGUUCUGCACCCACUAGGAUGUGUUUAGGUGCCCAUUGUGUCUUUUUGUGCUAUGGAGUUGUUUACAUUGAGCAUGACUGAACGAGACACCAACUUCUUCCUACAGCCCAUUGGGUUCAGCUUUGAGAAAGGAACACAAUCGAGGCUCCUUUGGCUGUCAAAAUGAUGAACUUAAUUUAUGUGGUACCCAAUGCCAGAAUGUAAGAGUUCCAAGUAAUUUUGUGCUGCUAUUCAUUAAAACUUCUAUUCCAGUCUUGCCACCUUAAGAAGCUAGAGAUAUUAUGAGGUAUCCUUGAUUUAUCCACCAGUAUUCGGUAGUAAAAUUUGCCCGUCCACUGUGAAUCAAAGCCUGAGUCACGCUAUUUAACCUCGGACACACCAUGAAGAGUUUAUUUUGAUGGUGUUUGGUUGUUUCCCAUAUGUUAAUUUUUUCCUCCUUGACCUCCUCCCAACCCCCAAGGCAAAAGAAAAAUAGAAAAAUAAAAGACAAAAGAAAGGCAUAUGAGGACAUUGUAAUUGGCUUAGCAGGAAGGGUCAUAUGACCCACCCGUGGUGCAAUCAUGUUGUCUAUGUUGUGUUAUGUGAGAAUUUUCUCCUAAGUCAUGCAGGUAAUGACAAUAUACUGUAAAUACCCCAUGUGAGUUUACCUGAAUCUGUGCAUUUUGUGCCUUAUUCAUGAGAAUGAUAGAAGUACUAAAAUAUGUCAAGUGUUUUCAAUAUAGCACAUCACUUAACUGAGUGCCAGUUGUAAAUGUUUUCCAACCAGCACCUGAAAAGACUUUUCAAAAACCAUAUAAAGCAACCUAGAACAAUUAAUUGUUAAACAACCCCUCUGAAUAGCAGCAUUACCUCCUUUGCCAUGAUAAACAUUCCACUCCUGCUUUCCUAAGGAUGAGACGGUGAUAAUGUGAAGUCAAAUGAGGUUUCCCGGGGAAUGUGACACCUGCGGAAACCAUCUAGAGUCAUUUGUGCAUAGUUUGGCAGAAACCACUUACAGUUGAUGAUGUGCAACCCCAAUGACUAUUUCAGUUAAUAUGCUGCACACCACCCAAUUGUUUAUUGAACCUAAUCUAGAAAGGAACGCGGCAGAGGAAGGCUCCUGACCUAGUCAGACAAAUAAGUUCAACUGAUUUCGUGUGAUCAUGCUGAUGUUACUUGGGGGAGGAUGGGAUGCAGACGACCAGAUCAUUUUUAUACAGAAUGUAGAAUACUGAUGCAGUUAUUCUUUUCCUUUGAGAACAUUGUUUUUUAUAAAGAACAUGAUUUCCUGUGAUCUCUGGAAGCUCAAAAGCUAAAAUGUCUGUUCUUGAAACACUUCUGCUUUGCAACUAAAAUAUUACAGAUUAAUAAUAAAUUAAACCAACCAAUGAUAAACACUACUCAGUCCACCAACAACAAACGUGUUUGAAUUUACCUUACCAAUAUUAAUCCCAGCGUGGUAACUCCGUGUGACCCCAGAUAACAUUUUGUAACAUUGUGCUGCCUUGUAGUUUGUAAUGUGAGUUCUAUCAGUAUUUAUGUUGGAAUUUCUAACAUUGAAUCUAGUCUCUAUCCUGUUAAUUUAAUUUUUAAAUGCUUUAUCCAUUUGUGCAAAGGUAAACACAGAUUGUAUCUUUUUUAAUGGUACGGCAUAAAAAAAAGUAACCCUAAAGUGAAGUGGCUCUAUACUGUUUUAUAGAGUACUUUAACAUGUAUAGAUAUCUUGUAAACUUGUAUUGUGGAUGUGUAAAUAAUAUGUACUUUGGGUUUUUAACACCGCAUGUAAAGUCAAAAUAAAAUAUACAAAUCAUUA